CAUUCCCAUUCGUUCUUUUUUAACAUUUCAAAAAGAUAUACAAAAAAUAAACUAUAAAACAAAAGAGAAAAACGCGUAUCGUUUUGCUUAAAGAUGCAUUAUUUUCUUCAAUAUAAACAUCAUCAUUUCUGAACCAGAUAUCAGAAUUUUGACAUAUGAUCUUCUAUUUCUGAAACAUAUAUGUACUUUCAUUCAUCAACAGUGAAGUGAACUUAAUCGGUGAACAAUUGGAUAUAUUGAAAAAUUAAUUUCAAAUUAAUUUAAUGGGGAAAGCAGCAAGAGAUUGGACACAGAUCUACGCGAUUUACGGAAUGGAUGAUUGGCAAACACCCAUGUUUUUACUAAUCCAUGCGAUUGUGUUUUCGAUGUCCUCUGUUUUGUUUUUAAUCUACUUCGAUUCGAUGUGUUUGAGUUUCGCUUGGAUUCUCCCGAAUGCUUUCUCAACCAGUUUCGCUAGAUUUGCUGCGGGUUUUACGGGCUCGGUUACAGCUCUUUCGGCGGUGUGCCUGUUUUAUGCGGCUGGCAAUAUAUUUUACUCUUCGGUCGCGCUACGUUGGGAAAUGGCUCAGCGUAUGGUUGGAGCUGUAAACGACUGGUCUAAUGUUAAAACCGCAUUAGAUGUAGGUUGUGGUCGCGGUAUCCUUCUUAAUGCGGUUGCCUUACAAUUGAAAAAAGAAGGCAGCUGUGGCCGUGUUGUCGGGUUCGACCGGAAAAACACGAUGGUUUCAACGCUUAGGACCGCCGGUAUGGAAGGUGUACAAAAGUACGUGACAUGUCGAGAAGGAGACGCUCGUACGCUACCGUUUCCAGACGAUUAUUUUGACGUGGUGGUAUCAGCCGGUUUUAUACAUACAGUCGGAAAGGAGUUCGGGACCAAAACCGCGGCUGCGGCGGCGGAACGGACAAGAGUAGUGGGGGAGGUUGUAAGGGUAUUGAGAGGGGGUGGUGUUGGGGUGAUUUGGGACUUAAUUCAUGUACCCGAAUAUGUAAAAAGGUUGCAAGAAUUAAGAAUGGAAGAUAUAAAGGUAUCCGAACGUGUAACAGCUUACAUGGUGAGUAGUCACAUUGUGUCAUUUCGCAAGCCAUGUCAGCAUGUUAUGGGUCCCAGUGAAGUUAGAUUAGAUUGGAGAUUCAACAAUAUAUGUUGAAAAAAGAACAAACUACUAUAAGAAAGGAUAGGAUAAUAUUAUAAAAUGAAAUACAGAUCUCAUAAUAAUGAGUUGAAAUGCAACUCUUUAAAUUGUUUAUAAAAAUGAGAUCUUGCUAAUAUAAUUUGUGCUAUAUACUUUAUAUAACUUUUAUAUAUAAGUUUUCCCUUCA